CUGGGGAACCCGCUACCACGGGAGAAGCCUUGCCUUUGAUCUUGCGUGCUUGCAUUUGCGGAGUAAGGUAGUGAGGGGUUGUACAGGUGGCCGGGAGAUCUAGGGAUAAUAAUCCUGACGACGUUGAUGGUGCUGGAUGUGAGUGGUGCUAGUGCAAUGAGGAGGGAUGUCUCGGAUGUGGACAGUGGGAGAAGAGGAGGAGAUGCGAUGCGAUUCGUGCUGGGGUUUGUGGGGUACAUAGUUCCGCGACGGGAGGGAGAGUUUCUUUGGGUUGUUCUCUGGGAAAGAGGGAAGGGAAGGAGAAGUUUAAUUGCAGUAGUGCUUGUUUGAUUGAUGCACAUUCAUUGCUCCCCAGGCACCCGUUAGAGGGGUAACAACCUUGUGCCUAGGUUAUAUGCAGGUGAGGGUGGAUGCAGAAGUCUGAUAUGCAGUCAAGAACUUCUCGUCACUUCGUACAACCAAACAGCAGUUUCAUUUCAGAUCCUUCGUGGCUUCGAGGACGUCGACACCUUGUUGACAGCUGCAACUAGUAGUUUCGUUUCCAGCUAGGUUAUCGUUUUAGAGCAUGUUGAUGCGAAGCUAUGCUCGCCAUCGCAGGACCCAUUCCAGGUCCUUCAAUCAGCUCAUUCUCUUCUCAUCCAAAGCCUCGAACUCAAUGUCAACACAGUACGAGGAUAGCUCUUUUCGAAGUGAGACUGCCUAGACAUGCAGAGGCGUCUGGCGUACAAUUGCCCUGCUUGGAAAACGUGCUGAACCCCAAACCCGCCGAGAUCUACACGCCUACAAGCCUACAAAUGUACACGCCUACAGAAUCCCCCUUUCGUUCCGCCUUUGCUGGCUAUUGUUGACCGCCGAGUCGUCGGAUCGCCGGGCUAUGGCACGUCAAGUUCUAGAUCUAGACAUCAAUGAGGCUUGAGCAACCCGAAAAAUCUCAUAAGCUACUCUGGGAGAGGCCAUCCCGCUGAGAUAUCUCCGCCGUUGCUGUUUGUUUAUAUACCUAUACUUGGUGAAAGAGUCUGAUUUGUCAAGAGCGGAUGCUUAUGUUCACUCUCACUUUCAACCCUCUUUUGCUGCAUUUUGUUUUGCAUUUUAUGGAUGUCUCAACAUUUACCUAGCCUUUUGGUUAAUUGUAAUUCCUAGACGGUACUAAGGAACAACGUUGUCCAGAACAAUUGGAUAUAUCCACUGCCGUGCCCCCGGUCAAGCAGACUCGCUUAAGCCUAAACCAGCCAUCCUCCGGAGCCUGCACCAAGGCCUGCCGUGCCCCUCGAGGCAGACAUCCAGCAGUACUACCUAGUAGCAGUGCGUGCACGGCGCUGCACACCUACCAGACCCGUCAUCAACAGCGCUCUCCGCCUCGACUUCGAGAAUCCGACCGCAAACACCCAGUGUAUAUCUUCACGCGCGCCCCGGGCCUGAUCGACGACUAGUCUGCAGAGGGAAGCAUCACCAUGGACAUGGCCAUGGCUUCGUCCGAGGCGUCUGCGCGACCACCAAACGGUUACAGUGCAGCUCCCAGCAGCAAUGCUCCGCAAGGGUCAAACCCUAUGCCCAACAGCCAGACACCAGGCCAUCCGAGUUUUAGAAGACAGCGGGCAUCGCGAGCUUGUGAGACCUGCCACGCAAGAAAGGUACGAUGCGACGCCGCCAGCUUGGGUGUGCCAUGCACAAACUGCGUGGCCUUCUCGAUAGAAUGCAAGAUCCCGACACCGAAGAGAAAAAAGACUGCUACGGGCAAGGCGAAGGAUUCGGAUAGUGAUCGCGGUGAAGCUGUGGAGGAACGCUCUCCUCCAAAUGACUCUCCUGCAACAACAGGUCGAAGCAACAGUGUUUACAAUACUGCCACUGAUGGCAUUCCUGCAACGACACUCACCGAGGCUCAGUACAAACAACGCCAGGAUGACGAUGGAACCUAUGCACAAUUCAUGAAGCCCAAGUUUACCAGAGCACCUAUCAAAGAAGCCGGACGAGUUGCAUAUCUUGGAGAAUCUUCGAAUUUGACACUUUUGGUUCACGAUAGACAUGGCACCGCGGAUGUUGUCCAUUAUCCACUACCGGAAAAUGUACGAGGAUCCAGAGCGAGAUUAACAGAAUUAGACAAUGUGGAAAUCGACAUCUUGCAUCAGCGAGGUGCCUUCCUGCUGCCGCCACGGUCACUGUGCGACGAAUUGGUCGAUGCAUAUUUCAAAUGGGUUGCUCCGAUAGUUCCGGUCAUCAAUCGAAAUCGAUUCAUGAAGCAAUAUCGAGAUUCGAAAAAUCCUCCCUCGCUUCUUUUGCUUCAAGCUAUUCUCCUGGCUGGAUCCAGAGUGUGCACAAAUCAACAACUUAUGGAUGCUAAUGGAUCGACGACGCCCGCGGCUCUAACAUUCUAUAAACGUGCAAAAGCUUUGUAUGAUGCCAACUAUGAGGAUGAUCGAGUCACCAUUGUUCAAGCUCUUGUUCUGAUGGGCUGGUACUGGGAAGGUCCGGAAGAUGUCACGAAAAAUGUUUUCUAUUGGAGCAGAGUCGCCACAAUUGUAGCCCAAGGUUCCGGAAUGCAUCGAAGUGUCGAAGGAUCGCAACUCAGCCAGGCCGACAAAAGACUUUGGAAACGCAUUUGGUGGACUCUUUUCACUCGAGAUCGAUCCGUUGCCGUGGCCUUAGGACGCCCGGUACAUAUCAAUACUGACGAUUCUGAUGUUGAGAUGGUAUGCGAAGAAGACUUCAUCGAGGAUGAGAACGACCAACCACCUGAGUUUCCCCCGGAUCCAAUGCAUGUUCAGUUCUUCCUGCAAUAUGUGAAGCUAUGUGAGAUUAUGGGCCUCGUGCUCUCACAGCAGUAUUCCGUAGCUUCGAAAGCUCGUCGCCAGAAUGCCAUCGACCUCACUCAUAGUGACAUGGCUCUGGCUGAUUGGCUGCAAAACUGUCCGAAGGAAGUUUACUGGGAUGAGUCGAGACACCAUUUCUGGUCCGCUUUGCUGCACUCAAAUUACUAUACUACACUUUGCUUGCUGCAUCGUGCACACAUGCCCCCGGCUUCGAAUACAAGAGGAAACUACACGGAAGACAAUUCGUACCCAUCUCGGAAUAUUGCUUUCCAGGCAGCUACAAUGAUCACUUCAAUCAUCAAGAAGCUGGGAGCUUCCGACGAGCUUCGCAACUGUCCAGCAUUCAUUGUUUACAGUUUGUUUUCUGCACUCAUUAUGCAUGUCUACCAGAUGCGCUCAUCCAUACCGGCUGUGGUCACGGCAACCCGGGAAAAGAUCGGUAUUUGUAUGGAUGCGUUGAAGGAUGUCUCUAGAGUUUGGCUUGUUGCGAAGAUGGUGUACACCCUGUUCGAGUCGAUUCUAGGCAAUAAGGUCUUAGAAGAGAGACUUCAAAAAGCUGCUGGAAAGCGCCACAAGAAGAUGGCUCAGAGUCUUACGGCAGGAAUCAAUCAAGCCAAUCAGAUACAGCAGGCCAACCAACUCAAAAGGGAGGAUUCUGGCUCAGGACCUGGAAGUAAGCGAAAGUAUGAUGAUAUGGCACUCGAUUUCAAUGUCAACAAUGGACCCGCGCCUCAGGAGUCUUAUGAAAGAUCACGACCUCAGACACCUAGUCACACGCCUUCUCGCGAACUUGGCCAUAAUAUUGCACCAAUGGCUGCGCCUCCUGUUACUUCUCCGAAUUCGAGACAGAAUGAUGCCUUCAUGGGUGGUUCCAACUCUCGCCCGCACACCAGACCUGCGACUCCAUUCAAUCCAUCUUUCUCGGUCCCUGCUACCCCGCCAGACUUGUAUCUCGUCACUCGAAACUCUCCCAAUAUCUCACAAUCACUAUGGGAGAAUUUCCAACCUGAUCAGCUGUUUCCCGAAGGCUCUUCAAAUAUGCAAGCCCAACAGUUCUCACCUCCUCAGCCACAUCAGAAUCAUAAUCACAACCUGGAUCCGAGCUUGAUGCCUCAUAUGAAUAUGAACCAGAUGCCGAAUCACAAUCAAGCUGCUCAAUUACCUCAGAGGAUGCGAGGUCAGAACAUGGCGGGAAGCCCAACUCAAGGAUCGUUGCUUCAGCCAAAUGUUGGGGGAUAUCAGGUUCAGCCUGGUAUGUGGCAAGGAUUUGACCCAGCAAUGCAAGACCCUCAGGGACAUAGUCCAAGUGACUCUUUGAGUAAUGCCUCGGCUCAGGCCGUUCCUAUGACUAUGAAUGUUGAAGACUGGUUCCAAUUCUUUGGCAUUAACGGCGAUUUAAGUGGGAUGAACGGAGAUGUACCUCUUGCUUAAGGACAUCGGGGAUCGGAAAAGGCGUUCUUGCUAUGUGGAGUAAAUGGAAUUUGCUGUAAAAGCUUUGGCCGAUUUUGGGGAUCGGGUUGUAUAAUUAUUAUUUGCAACUGUGGUGGGCAGGACUGGACCAUCGUUGCUGAAUGAAAUGACC